AUGUUAAAAGAAGAGACGAGCUCGAGGCUACAAAACACAGUCAGUUUCCCCAUUAAAGUACUUAAUUGGUCUCCCCAUAUAAAUACUGAUUCGAGUAUUUCAACUCCGAUAUUACUACAAGAUAAAAACGGACCAUGUCCCUUGAUCGCAUUGGUUAAUACUUUGCUUUUAAAAGACGAUUUUCAAAGAGUAGACGUUGGUAAUGAUAGUGUACGAGAGGUACCACAAGACAUGACGUCAUUAAGUAACUUGAAGCACGAAUUACUAAAGAGUUACCACAAGACUGGUUUAAUUGAGUUAAACGAAGUCUUGAGUUUGGUUGGUAACUUAUUAUUGACAUUUGCCGAAACUCUGCAGAAUUUAAAGCCAGAAGUCGUUGACAAGUUAUUGAUGCAAUUGCCCCAGUUGCAUACUGGACUAGAUGUGAAUCCAAAUCUUUUGGAUGGUUCUUUUUCCUCAAACUUAGCAACCCAAUUGUUUGAGGUUUUUGGAUUAAACUUUAGACAUGGUUGGGUAUUUGACCAACCGCAACCUCCUCGCAUUGUUAGUGAUGAAGACGAGGACUUGGUGACACAUUUGAAUAAUACAACAAUUAUUGAGAAGGUUAGUGACCAGAGACGCUUAACUAAUAUAAUCCAACAUUUGAAAACCUUUGAUGAUAUCCAAGACUAUCUUUUAGCGCAAGAAGCGAGUACACUUGAGGUGGUACAAAACCAAAAUUUGCUCGAAACGUGGUUAGACCAAAAUUGUACACAAUUAACGCUUUCGGGAUUGGCCAAGCUUGAUAGAGACCUAGAAAAAGAUGAGUUUAUCAUCUUUUUUAGAAACAAUCACUUGAACACAUUGUUCAAAAAAGGCUCCAAUGAGUUAUAUUUGCUUGUGACAGAUGCCUCCUUUCAAAACAAAAGUUUGAGUAGUCAAAUUGUUUGGCAAAGUUUAGCAUCUGUCUCUGGGAAUGAGGAUUUAUUUUUUACUGGUAAUUUCACGCCCGUUUUGGACAUCGAUCAAGAUUUGUCAUAUGCUGCAAAUACUGGUUAUGAUAACACAUUCGAUUCCGAUUUGCUUCUACUGAAACAGUUACAAGAGGAAGAAGAUGCAGCUAUAGCUAAAAGAUUACAGGAAAAAUAUAGCAACAGAGAGAAAAAAUUACAAAAUAUUAACAAUCCCACCCAUACAAAAGUAUCUUCUAACUUUAGAUUAAAGCAGAAAGCUAAAUCAAAGGAGAAACACACUAAUGCAGCAGCAGCAGCAACUGCUGCAGAUGCCCAUGCCGUCGUCGUUGAUACAGCAAAUCCAAUGCCUUUAUCAAAGACAUCGCCACCAAUAGUUGUACAGACAAAAGUUAAAAAUCCCGAAAAGGUUGCUGGGAAAAAGAAGAAAUUAUUUGGUCUCUUCAGUAAAUAA